CAAGAGAAGCGGAAUGAGACUUCACGCGUUCAAACCUCUUCAUGUCAGACACCUGGUUCAUCCACUGGAUUCUUUUCUCUCCUCAUUCCAUUUCUUUCCUGCGGUGUUGUUGUUGUUUUUUUCUUCUCUUCUUUCUCAGUUCAUCAGAAAAACGUGACUGGCAUCAUAAGAAUCAGUGACAUACCCACACACACGCGCGCGCUCGCGCGCAUGGAUGGAUACGCACGGACGUGAAGGGAGAUGUAUUCUUUUUUCCUUUUUUUUUUUUUUUAAUUUCAACAUCCACACUCGACUGCUGAGAGAAAUAAGGUGAAGAGGACGCGGUCACGUCACGCCCACCACCGCGCGGAGCGGAGGAUUCUCUGAGUCAUAAGAGAAAAAAAAUAAAUAAAUCAUUACUGCUUUGCUGCAAAGUUGGGGAGAGAGAAAACAAAAAUCUGGGGACUUGAAUCGUGACAGCAUGGAUGGAUCUGGUGCGUUAUUUGGCGCAUUCGGCGUGCGUCGCGCUCCCAGGAUCUGGUGCGGCUGGAAGGUGUUCUUUCUGCUCACCGUCUUCUCUCACAAGUACCUGAGCUCCUUGCUGGACUGCCCACCCACCUGCACCUGCUCGCCCACAGAGAUCUACUGCAAUAAGUCCGACAGCAGCGAGUUCUUACCGCUGCUUUCCUUCCAGGGCGCCGACAGCGCGGGGAACAGCACCGGCGGGAUCGAGGAUCUUUUCCAGAACAUCACCUCCAUACACAUUGAGAACUGGACGGGUCUUCAAGUCUUGAAGAACAUGGACUUGGAACUCUACACUGGCCUAGAGAGGCUCACAAUUACAAAGAGUAGCCUGCAAACAAUCCGUGCUAAUGUCUUCUCCAAGAACACCCAUCUGCGAUACAUAAACCUGUCCAAGAACCCCUUGCUGACCACGUUGUCCUGGCAGAUCUUUGACAAUCUGCAGCUCAGUGAACUUCAUUUCGAGGAGGUGGUGUUCUCCUGUGGCUGUGAGAUUCGCUGGCUGCAGCUAUGGCAACAGAGAGGAGAGGCGGGUCUAGGCAGCCAAGAUUUAUACUGUACUGAUGGCUUCAAGAAGAUACUCCUGCAGGAAAUGAACAUUAGCAGCUGUGACUUCCCUGAUAUCAGCGUCAGUCAUAGCAACCUCACAGUUAUCGAGGGGGAUCGUGUGACAGCGAUCUGCAAUGGCUCCGGAUCCCCUUUACCUGAGGUGGACUGGCCUGUCAAUGGCUUGCACUCCAUCAGUUCACAAGAGGCCAAAGUCUACGGCAACAACACCAUUCAUUCCAUCAUCUUCACUUUGGACAAUGUGAGCAGAGAUGACAACAACUUCCUGCUAACAUGCACCGCCACCAACAUAGUGGGCAUGACCAAUGCUUCUGUCCACCUAACUGUUCACUUUCCUCCCUCCAUUGUGAGGCUGAGGGAGCCAGAACGCCGCCAUGACACAUGCAUAGAAUUCACUGUCCGAGGUUCACCUCACCCAACCUUACGAUGGUUCUACAAAGACAAGAAAAUCUCCCACACCGAAUACAUACGCCCUGAUAUGGAUAUUUACCAGGACUAUGUAGAGGGCUGCCUGACCUUUAAAAACCCAACACACCUCAACAAUGGCAACUACACUUUGGAAGCCAGAAAUGAUCUGGGUGUAGCCACCAGCACUGUGUAUGGACAUUUUCUCGACGAACCUUUCGACGGUCUAGAACCAGAUGAUUAUGGUUAUGUAACCCCACCUACAGACCCCCCCAAACCUGACGAAGAUACUACCGGGGUCUCCAUAGCAGUAGGACUGGCAGGGUUUGCCUGUGUGAUGCUCGUGGUUCUCUUCCUCCUCAUCAACAAGUAUGGACGGCGCUCCAAGUUUGGCAUGAAAGGACCAGUAGCAGUGAUAAGUGGGGAGGAGGACUCCGCCAGCCCCCUUCAUCACGUAAACCAUGGGAUUAUCAGCCCCUGUACACUGGAUGCUGGGCCUGAUGCUGUGGUGAUUGGAAUGAGCAGGAUCCCUGUCAUAGAGAACCCGCAGUAUUUCAGACAUGGACACAACUGCAACAAGCCCGCCACCUAUGUUCAACAUAUUAAACGGCGGGACAUUAUUUUGAAAAGGGAGCUGGGGGAAGGAGCCUUUGGAAAGGUCUUCCUGGCAGAAUGUUACAACCUAAGUCCCACGAAGGACAAGAUGCUGGUCGCUAUAAAGACUCUGAAGGACCCCACUCUCGCAGCCAGGAAGGAUUUCCAGCGUGAGGCUGAGCUGCUGACAAACCUCCAACAUGAGCACAUAGUAAAGUUUUAUGGCGUGUGUGUGGAUGGAGACCCUCUCAUCAUGGUCUUUGAGUACAUGAAGCACGGAGAUCUCAACAAGUUCCUCAGAGCCCACGGGCCAGAUGCCAUGAUCCUGGUAGAUGGACAGCCUCUACAGACCAAUGGGGAGCUGGGUCUGUCCCAGAUGCUUCACAUAGCCAGUCAGAUCACAAAUGGGAUGAUUUACUUAGCAUCUCAGCACUUUGUGCAUCGUGAUUUGGCGACGAGGAACUGCCUGGUGGGAAAUGGCCUUCUGGUGAAAAUAGGAGACUUUGGCAUGUCCAGAGACAUUUACAGCACCGAUUAUUACAGGCCGGUUACCAGUUGGCAGGUGGGAGGUCACACUAUGCUGCCUAUCCGCUGGAUGCCCCCAGAGAGCAUCAUGUACAGGAAGUUUACCACAGAGAGUGACGUGUGGAGCUUUGGAGUCAUCCUGUGGGAGAUCUUCACCUACGGCAAACAGCCAUGGUUCCAGCUCGCCAAUAAUGAGGUGAUAGAGUGCAUUACCCAGGGCAGAGUGCUGGAGCGCCCCAGGCUCUGUCCCAAGGAAGUCUACGAUAUUAUGCUGGGCUGCUGGCAGAGAGAGCCACAACAGCGCCUCAACAUUAAGGACAUUCAGAAAGUGCUGGUUACUUUGAUGAAAGCCACACCGGUCUAUCUGGACAUACUGGGAUAAACUGGACACAAGAGAAAAAAAUAAAUAAAUCGGGUAAUUUUAGUUUGGACAAGAUCAUUACUGAAAAAUGAGUAUGCUGGAUCAGAAGGAAAAGGAUUGCCCUGGAGCCAUAGUCUGGUGCAGAGUCACAACACAGUCUGUGAUGAAACCACACGAAUCAGAAAUGCAGAAUGAACUCUACCUUGUAUCAACUUGCUUGUCGUACGAGGAUUGGACGGACGUUAUUAGAGUGGAGAGAUGCGUCUUUAGCUGGCUUGGAAUGAACUGGAUUGCACUGCAUUGCAUCACAAUAAAAUAGAAAUGAAAAAGAAAUGUCUUGGACCUUACCCACGCGAUUGGGUCUGGGCUUGUGUUUUCAAGUCUCGCUCGUUUUCAGAUGAACUGAUUAAAAGGCCUUGACAGUGACGUGUUGAUUACAUCAAACUGGAAUGAAACUGGGUGAACCCGAUUGUAUGGGGUCAGGUAUGGUUUGGUUUUCUUUGCAAUAGCUUAGGUACCAUCACUUCCUCGUCUAUGCAUCCUCAUGUCACCCUGUCACCCGAUUAUUUAUACUGAUCUCACUUUAACAUGUUGUGUCUGUUUUCAUUGUGAGUCAGUGAUGGGGCACAUGUCAGUCGUACAAUAACAACUCCAGACUUCAACUGGGUAGUAAGAGAACCUGUACUGGGCAAAAAUGGUUGACAAACUUUAAAAAGAUUAUUUCACUAGAUACCGCGAUGAAUUAAGUUCACUUUACAAGUAAGCAAGCUGUCUUCAUAUACCUUUAUUCAUGUAAGUGUUACCAACAGUUUUUUUUUUUUUCAGUUUGUCAACCAUUUUCUUUUUAGUGUAAUUCUGCAUUUAAAAACCGGAUGCGUGUGUAUUGUGCGAUAUCGUAACCAGGCUUCUCCAUUUUCUACUAGUUUCCCGUGUCAUGAGCUUGUCUCAUUACAAUUGCUUGACAAGAUUCGAGUCACUACACCUCAUUAGGGUUGGCCAGGUGUAAAAAUUUUCAAAUAGCGUCGAUAUUAAAACAAAAAAAGUGCAUUUUAAGUUUCACCAUUAGUUGUCGCACACAACUCAGCAGAUGCUCUUAAAUGGGAUGGAAUGAGACUUUUAAAGCCCACGAAUGAAACUGUAGCAACAUCGAUCCACUUUAUGCUGGAAAUAUGCCUCUAUGCUGUUUUACCCACAAAUAAACACACAAACAAAGGCAGAGCGUGAUCCGUAGGACAAAUGAUUCACCCAGUGUAGCCUUUAUUUCUCUCAGUAACCCUUAAACUUCAUCCCUUUCACAUUCAAAAUGUUUGCGAUGUUAGUACAUUUUACUUUGAUUUCACUUUCAUAUGCUGUUGUUUUUUCACUGUCUCUAGUGCAUGACACAAGCGCAUUUAAUGUGUGUCCAGUUUCUCAUGUGUUCGCUGUCGACAACGUCAGAAUGCUCAAAAUCAGAAAAACAAUGACACGACUUAAUUAAACGUGGGUGUGUUUUUUGGUACUGGUCGCUCGCAAUAACCCGCCUCUCAUUCCUUAACGGACACGUUCCUGGAUUGCUUUAUAUAAUUGAGGAAUAAUGCUAUUUCCAAAGUAAUAUCCAGGUAAUAAAAACGACAACAGCUAGUCACGAUGAUGAUGAUGAUGAUGAUGAUAGAACAGACACACACAGAUGAAUAUAUGUGAUAAGAUGUCAUGAAACUAACUAGAAACAGAUGUGUGCAGCCCUGAUUCAUGGUAAUUACACACACACAAUGUUACCUUGAAACAAAAGGUUGUGUGUGAAACAUGAGGGAGGUGAAUUUCAACUUUAUUGCUUGGAAAUGUAUACAUAUGUAUAUAUAUAUAUAUACAUAUAUAUGUAUACGGUGUAUAUAUAUACAUAUGUACAUAUACCAAAGUAAAACCUGAAUAUUUAUUUGGAAAUAACAUCCUAUUGCUGUCAUAUUAUCUUGUUACUAAGACACUGAUAUUGUCAUGAUGUUAAGUAGUAAUAUCAUAUUUUUACCUCCCUAUUACAAAAAUAUUACCAUAUUGUCGCCGUAUUGCACUGCUGCAUUUUUUUUCCCCACCUUUGUCCCAAUGAAUACUCCUGUAACUGUCAGCGUGGCUUUGACCACAGGUAUCUACAUAGACAAGGAUCAAAGAUCAAAGAUCGCAGACAAAGUAAACGAUCACAUUCUCAACAGCAAUCAGUGAAAGUAGGAUGAGGCAGUCUUAAAUGAAAUUAAGAGCACUAUUUUCUUUCUUUUUGUCCAUACUUGUGGCAUCAGGGGAACAAGAAAGAAGUCAAAUAAGUCAUAGCAGGCCACCAUAGGCUAGUCCAAGGCCAACAUGCUUAAUGUGUCUUCACCCAAAAAGCCUUCAUGAAUCCACCUUGGGGUCCUAGUCUCAUGUUGUCCCACCACACUUCUACAAGAACCUGACCAGACCUCUCCCUGAGCCUGGAAACAUUAAUGACUGUCUGUCACCACAAAGAUGGACCUAAGUGCCUCCUACUUCUUUAUAAACACUGGGAAUAUAUAUAUAUAUACGUAUGUAUAUAUGCAUAUAUAUAUAUACAUA